AUGCAGGCCAGUUAUCAUGACCACCAAGCCAAGGCCAUGCUCACCAAAAUAGCAAAGCAGAUGGCCGCUGAGGCAGCACUCCCGGAGUGGCUGCCUCCCAUCCUGCAAGACCUCCUUAUAUGGGAGGCUAUCAAGACCAAGUUCGGUCUCAGCUUCAAUCGAUUCGCUUGCAUCCUGCUUGAGCAGGAUGCUAAUCAUUUCCGAGAUUAUUAUUCCCAGCAUACCAUCGCGGUAGGACACUGUCUGCCCCUCCUUGCCAAGACCCUCCUGCGGAUGACUGAGGGCGGUGCCAGUGAUCUCGUCAAUAACCUCGAAGAUGGCAAGAGUCCUCGUGGUGGGUUUAGGGAUCUCCGGCGGGGCGGCUCCUUACUUGUCCAUCCAAAGCAAAUACGCCUUAUCGAGGCAAUUUUCCAGUCCAAGCCACAGAAGGGAUUGGACCAGCAGCAGAAGGUGAACCACGGACAGGGUUCGCCAACCAGACUCCGCAGCUAA